CUGUCAUACAGUGCGUGCUGUAGCGGGUGAGAAAUUAAUUUGAAGCCGAAAUGAAGGACCGUCUGGGCGAUUUAACAGCCCUCUGCCAUGACAUCAUCAUCGCUCCUGUGGAGUCCAAUGCUUUCCUAGAGAAAUUCAUCCCUAAGGUUAAUGAGGUUCAGCAACUUAUAGAGAGAAUUUCCUUCUGUGUGGAAGAAGUGAAGCUGAGACAUAGUACCAUUUUGACAGAAAUCAACCCACCGAAUUAUGUGAGAGAGGAACUUGAGCAGUUUAGCAGUGACAUCAAGCACACAGCCGAUGUAAUCAAGGUUAAACUAAAAGAUUUAGAAGGAACAUUCUCAGAGUAUGAGAAUGCUAACAGCAGCUCUGUGUACUAUCGCAUCCAGAGUACUCAGCACACAGUACUUUCACUGAGGUUUGCAGAAAUAAUGAACAUGUACAAUCAAGAACUGCUAUCUUUCCGGACAAAGAGUAAAGAUCAGAUACAAAGACAGCUGGAAAUCAGUGGCCAGGUUGUCACUGAAGAGGAGACUGAGGUUUUGCUGCAAAGUAACAAUCCUGCUGUCUUUACCUCAAAUAUCAACUCUGGCUCCUGCAUAACGGGGCAAGCACUGAAUGAGAUUGAGUUACGGCAUAAGGACAUUCUCUAUCUGGAGGCCAGCAUUCGAGAGCUGCAUAGCAUGUUUAUGGAUAUAGCCACGUUAGUCAAUAGUCAGGGUGAAAUGGCAAACAACAUAGCAAAGACUGUGAUGCAAGCUGGAAACUAUGUAGAUCAAGGGAAAGAGAACAUAGAAAAAGCUACUGAUUACAAGAAGUCCUGGCGGCUAAGACUGCCUAUAUUCAAGAGCAAAGCAAAACCAGCGACCAGCAAGGGCUCUUGAAUGAAUCUUGAACUUUGGAAUGGGAAUGUAUGCUGCUUGCUUUUGAGUUCUAUGAAAAUGAGGGAUUCUCUUUGCCUUUUCUUAAAAAAUCCCAUCGUGUCACAGUACUUAUUCUACGCCCUGUAUCUUUUGCUGAUCAGAAAAUGUUGAGCUGUCUGUGGGAUUUCCUCAGCCCAUUUACAAACAAACGGCUUUUAUUUGUUUCUGCUUAAAUGGUUAAUGAUUAAGCUUGCUCUCAGAUAGACAGCACUAGCAGGAUUUUUCUGAUGCAAUAUGACAACAAUCAAGUGAGUGUCAAGAGGUGUGUUUACAUGGACUAAUGGUUCUCAUUAGGAACAUUCAUGCUAUAUACAUGCAAUACAUGCUUAAUUUAUUCCUGUUCUUUGGAUUAUUUCAGGUCUACACCACCUCUUUCAAUGUAAUCAAAAUUUUGUUCAGAUUGAUUGAGGAGUUUACAUAUAGGCUUUUCAGUCCAACUGCACCAUCUUCUUCUUUUUUUCAAUUUAAUGGCGGUUGGGAAACAAACAUUUUGUGCAUUUCAGCCAAACUGAGCCAUCUGAUUAUAAAUGGAUUAUUUGGGUGCAUGUAAACAUACCAAAUAUAAAAAACCCAGUUAGACUCUCUUACAUUUCAUUUUUGUUUCUUGUAAUUACUUUUAUUAGUUAUGUGUAUUACUUGGCGAUUUGCUUUUAUUUUACUCAUAGUUCAUCCAAAAAUGGAAAAUCUGUUAUAAUUUAUUCACCCUUAUGUUGUUCCAAACCUGUAUGACUUAGUUUUUUGUGUGGAGCGCACAUCAAAAAUGUCCCAGUAUGUUUUUGUCCAUACAGUGAAAAACUGU